AUUUAUUUAUUUCAAUCGUAUUUUAUUUAUCUAACUCUGUUCAUGCUCUCCGUGGCGGUUCUUUCUACUUCUCUUCUCUCUUUUCUCUUCCCCGAUAUUGGAAAAAAAAAACAUAGACGCAGAGUUUCCGCCAUGAAAGAAGAUUACGAGGUUGAUGAGAAAAAGCAAGCUGCUGCUGAUGUAUUGUUUAACUAUUCAAAAUUUGUGAUGGCGUGCAUUGGAAAUCAAGUUCGACCUUGUGACUUGAGGUUGCAUCUAAUGAAGGAGAUUUCAGGUAUACCAACUUCUCUGAAGAAAGAUUCAGCCCAGAGAGCAGCUUCUCCUGAUGCAAUGGGCGAAUCAUCAAGCUCGGGUACAGCUAGACUUGAUAAAACAGACAGUUUUCGGGAUCGGGCGCUAUAGUUUGUUCCCUUUAUGUAUUGAAUGUUCUCAUUUUACUUUGUAAUGUGAUAUAGCAGAAUUUUACCUAUGCUUGUGAUCAUAACUUGGGGUAGAUCUUGCUUCUCUCUCUCUGUUCGCUAAUGUUGUCUCUAUGUUACUUGAAUUUUUGGACACAAAUUUAUGCGUUGGUUUGGUAAAAA